CGACGACGAGUAAACAAUGAUGCAAACAAAGCCCGCCCAUCCAUCCUAGUCGCCCGUAGUCGAGACUCGCCCAGAAAGAAGUAUUGGGCAAUUCCUGCUACGUCUCCGGUCAACGGCUUACACUACCGUAUACUGGCUACCGUCCUAGCCGGCUGCAUCCAUAAUUCAUACAUGUUUAAUUCGUUGGUUUGCUUUGCUGCACGAUCAUUAAACCACCUUUUCGGCCGGCCGACUCGAACAGACCUGACUCCGACCGACUCCUGCAUCAUCUUCCGAGACUCGAGACCUGCGUGGCGCCCUGGCGCAUUAUACGUCGCAUCAACCCACAGAAAUCGAUUUAGUCUUCUUUUCGACGUUGUGAUAUUUCACAUAGAGCUUCAUCUUCACCCCCCGCGCUUAUUUUUGGCGUCUCAGAAACGUAGCCGUCGAUCAGCGUAGGUCUGUCCGGACGAAUAGGCCCGGAGGCCAGCUAGAGAGCAUCAUGUAUUCUCUUUUCAGCAGAGGCAGAACUCGAACGAAUACACUCGAUUUGCCGAAACAAGCUCGCGAGAAUGUAAUUAAAUUGGACAGUCCAGCGGCAAAGGCCGAGGAGCUCUCCAAAGUACUCAACCAGAUGAAGCUCAUACUCCAGGGCACACAUGGUAUGCGUGCUCCCAGAUAAGGUAGCCAGUACUAUAUGGGUCCAUUACUGACACACAGGACACGGUUGCUGGGUGUAAAAGACUCUGAAAGCAAUCCGGACCAAGUCUUCCAUCUCAUCGAAGGUAUCAUCAACGAAGACUUGUUAUAUAUUCUGGCCGUCAACCUCCACAAACUACCGUUCGAAUCCCGGAAGGAUGCUCAAUUCAUCUUCUCUUCUGUUUUCCGCUUUCGCCCAGCGUCGGCCUCGGCCAAGAGCGACCCAAUUGCCCUUAGUUGGGUGGUCAAUCAACGGCCCCAAGUGCUGUUGGAACUGUGCAGAGGAUAUGAUCACAAAGAGAGUGCUACGGCCGCUGGAUCCGUGUUGAGGGAAGUGCUGAAGCACGAGGGUGCUUGCAAAGUUAUACUAUACGACGACGGCGAUCAGCCAGGCUCUAGUGUCAAUGGCGUCCAGGCAAUUGACAGAGACAGGCCGCAAAGUGGGAGUGGCGUGUUCUGGAAGUUCUUUGACUGGAUCGACAGGGGUUCAUUUGAGGUUUCUGCUGAUGCCUUUACAACUUUCAGGCCAGUACUAACAGCCAUGAAGGAAAUUCUGACAAAACAAAAGGAGGUGGUGCCACACUAUCUUCGAGUCAACUUCGACCUCUUCUGCAGCAAGUACAACACUGUUUUAGUCCAGUCUAGCAGCUACGUGACCAAGAGACAGUCUAUCAAGCUGCUGGGAGAGAUAUUGUUGGAUCGCUCCAAUUAUUCGGUCAUGACUGAGUACGUAGCCUCGGGCGAGCAUCUCAAAAUUUGCAUGAACUUGUUGCGUGACGACCGCAAGAUGGUACAGUACGAGGGCUUCCACGUCUUCAAGGUGUUUGUGGCCAACCCAAACAAGUCGAUUCCUGUACAACGUAUCCUCAUCAUGAACAAGGACAAACUGCUCAACUUCCUGUCUCAUUUCCUCGAGGAUCGAACAGAUGACGAGCAAUUCAUCGACGAACGAGAAUUCCUUAUCAAACAGAUUCGCAACAUGCCUGCUUCGCCUGUGCCACCUCAGGGGAGGUGA